ACUUCACACCUUUUUAACGGUCUUGGCAUGACCCCGGAUUUAUCUCGAUACACUAUUCGAAACGAAUUGCCUAUUCCUAUGUGAUGCUAUUUGAUAUCGUCCGAGUAAUCGUCUUGCCAGUGCGCUUACUUGCGUAUUGCGCUCCGGCGUCUACGUCUCUUCUCUCUCUUAUAUAUCUCUAAUUAAGUGUCAUCUGGAUGACACUAUAUCACCAUGACUAGGUCUAACAAUCCGCCUCGAGACUCGCAACAAAAUCCUUCCACAUCUUCGUCCCAAUCCAUCCCCUUACAGGACCUCGCGAGACAGCAACGCCAACAUGAUAGCCAGUCGCAAGGCGGGGGCCAGAGGGGAUCUGCGGAUCGCAAUCUAGGCGUCUCGACAUAUUGGGAUGGUUACCAACAGCACAACCACAACGCCGACUUGGGCCCGAGUCCUGCCGUUUCACCGAUAGACCCUACUGCUCUACAGUUCGCUUUACCUCCGGGGAUCGAUCCCUCACCCCCGGCGCCGUCUCGAUCUACCUUAACGUCCGCUCAAAAUUAUGCCCCCGAAACUCCAUAUUAUGACGAGAUGGCUCAUGUCGACUACUUUGAAUCGGAUAGUUCGCCCUUGACGUCUGCUGCGCAGCCGAUCGCUGGUACUUUGCCCACCCCACAAGUUGAGUCGCAACCGAGAGAUAGCUUCCAGACGGUGUCGGAUAUAGACAGCUCCCAUCCGCGUGGACGAUCUGCUCAGAUGCUUGGAUUUGAUUUGGAGAACUCAUUUGCGUCGACCAAGCACCGCAGCUAUGGCAAUUCUCUCACGCCAAAUGAUAAUCGAACUUCGCGGAUGCCAAGCACGGCUGAUGCCUUGUAUAGAGCUGGGUCAAUUGUUAGGGCCAUGUCCCAGCGUGUUGUUAAUAUUAGUAAUGAAGCGGAAACUUUCGAGCAACAGCAAAGACGGCAGAGAUCAAGAUCACCGAGUGCAGACGGCCGGGCAUCGCCAAGAUCGCCAAGUCAUCUUUCCACUGAGCUCGGCAUUGACACAUCAUAUCCUUCUCAAGUUUACACGAACACCGAGAAGAAUGGUGGUCCCGGAUGGACUACACCAGAAGUUGCUCCCCUGUCCCCUCGACGUGGAGCGCCAAUGCCGAACCCUUUGAAAGGUCGUUCGCUCGGAAUAUUCGGACCCGACAAUGUCAUCAGAAGGAAACUUUGCGAUGUGCUCGUGAAUCCGUAUAUGGAACCCAUUCUACUUCUACUGAUCGUACUCCAAGCCGUUUUGCUCGCUGUCGAGGCCGCAAAUAAUGUAUAUAUUCCCGGAAAUGAACGCCCCAAGCUUUGGGAUCCCUCUUCAGGAAUAAACUGGGCCCUUCUCAUCCUCUUCAUAAUAUUCACCCUCGAGACAAUGGCUCGGAUCAUCGUAUCUGGUUUUAUAUUAAACGCUGCAGAAUAUAGCACCAUUGACCGAAAGAAAGGAAUCCGUGUGGCUAUAUCGGAUCAGUAUAAUGCGGUUUUUCGGCCACAACGUCAGAAGUCGGUGAAAACUCCUCGCGAGCAGGCUUACGGGCCUUCUACAUUUGCUCGGUCCUUCACUAUGAUGCAUAGUAGUAUGCCCGAGACAAUCGAGGAACAGCAGAGGAUGCAGUUAGCUCGCCGAGCUUUCUUGAGGCAUGGUUUCAAUAGGUUGGAUUUUAUUGCGGUAGUGUCCUUCUGGAUAGCCUUCGUCCUCAGUAUAACAGGCAUUGAAAUGGAAAAACAUUUAUUCAUCUUUCGCAUGCUCAGCUGCCUUCGAAUUGUUCGACUCCUUGCCCUUACGAACGGAACAGCGAUUAUAUUACGAAGCCUAAAGAAGGCCGCACCACUCCUACUUCGGGUUUCCUUCCUUAUCGGCUUUUUCUGGCUCUUAUUUGCCAUUAUCGGCGUGCAAAGCUUUAAAGCAAGUCUAAGCCGGCAAUGCGUUUGGCGGGAUCCCUCACAACCCAAUAACAUGUCCCUAACGUAUACAAAUGAUAUGCAAUUCUGUGGCGGGUAUCUUGAUGAAAAUGGCACAGAAAAACCCUGGGUUAAAAGUUUGGACCCGGACACUUUGGAGCACCUCUAUAGUCCAACUCAAACCCCUAAGGGAUACAUUUGCCCCAGGAACUCCAUUUGCCUUGAACAGUCAAGCCCAUUUAACAAUACUCUCAGUUUCAACAACAUUCAUCAUUCCUUGGAGUUGGUUUUCGUGAUCAUGAGUGCCAAUACAUGGUCCGACCUUAUGUACUACACCACAUAUUCCGAGUUCCUCCCGGCAGCUCUAUUUUUUGGUGCUGGUAUUAUGAUAAUGAUGUUAUGGCUGACCAAUUUGCUCAUUGCUGUCAUUACCUCGUCGUUCCAAGUUAUCCGAGAAGAGAGCAAGGCCAGCGCUUUCACAGCGGAUGAAGACUUUCAAAUUUCCGAUCCCCAGCAGGAAGAAUUACGUAGGAUUUCGACAUUUGAGAAGAUAUAUAAUAAGACACGACUCUUUUGGGUGUUCCUUAUCGCGGAAGAACUCUUUGCUCAGGGUUGGCGCAGCUCAGAUAUGGGACCUACGCGAGCAAAUUUUAUCAAAGCAAACAGCAUCCUGGUGACGACCCUCCUGGAUAUCGAAAUCAUGAUUAGAAUCGCAGCUAACUGGAGAGCCUUCCAUCGAAGCUACCAAAACGUAUUCGACCUCUUCCUAGCAUUUGCAAAUACGAUAAUAAUCAUCCCCCCGAUCUUGGAAAGCGGUCAAACGUACAUGUGGCUCACGAUAUUCCAGAUCCUACGGUCCUACCGUGUGGUUAUGGCCUUGCCGCUCACGAGGAAAUUGAUUGUAUUGGUCCUCGGAAAUGCUACAGGUAUUGCAAACCUCAUCGUUUUUGUCUUCUUAAUCACAUUUAUCAUGGCAAUUUUCGCGGUCCAACUUUUUCGGGGUGAGAUCCCCUUAUAUGACGACGGCGGUGACCUGGUCAGAAUAUCAUUCUACAAUAUUUUCAAUUCAUUCCUUGGCAUGUACCAAAUUCUAUCCAGUGAGAACUGGACGAACAUCCUUUACGAUGUGACGUCGUACACCGUUGGUUACGGUACGUCCUGGUAUGGCGCAAUGUUCCUUAUUGGCUGGUUCAUCCUCGCAUUCUUCAUUAUUGUUAAUAUGUUCAUUGCUGUCAUUCAAGAGAACUUCGAUGUGUCGGAAGAUGAGAAGCGGCUGGAGCAAGUCAAGGCGUUUUUGCAGCGCAAGGAAUUGGGCAGCAACGCGACUACUAAUAUUACCCUCUCGGAUAUUUUCUCCUUUGGGAAAGCCAAGCAAAGAGAUCCGUUAGAUUACGGACCGGCGACGAUGGAGAUGUUAUUGAAAGAUGCCGUCGUUCGAGAAUUCCUUGACGAUUCGAUGGACCCAUUAAAACAGGAAUCCAGCAAUAGCUCCUCUCCCCAAGAGGGAGUGGCCGGCGACGGUAUUCGGCCUGGCUUUAUGUCGUCCGUUUGGGGCCGAAUCCGAGGUAUAUUCACUAGCAAGGAGCCGAAUCCGUUUUAUUCUAAUAUCCGGUUCAAUCUGCCUAAUGACGCUCUCGAUCCGCGGCAGAUGGCUCGUCAAGCUGUGUCUGCCACUGCGGAACGCCGCAAAGCUCAACGCGAAUAUCUCGCCCGUCAUCCUACGUAUAACAAUUCUCUCUUUAUCUUCACCCCCCAAAACCCCAUUCGCCGUCUUUGCCAACGACUCGUCGGGCCGGGAAGAGGCAACGAGCGCUUUGAUGGCGUGGAGCCGAAUAAGUUCGCCUGGUAUGGGUUUACAGUGUUCAUCUACGCAGCCAUCAUCGCCAUGGUGUUGCUAGCUUGUAUUACCACGCCAUUGUAUCAAAAAGAAUACCUCCGAGAUCAUGUGGGGGAAAACCGGUAUAAAAGUUGGUUUGUUUGGGUUGACCUGGGCUUUGCGAUAGUUUUCUCCGUCGAGGCGAUGAUCAAAAUCAUUGCAGAUGGUUGGUUCUUCACGCCCAAUGCCUACUAUAGGAGUUCGUGGGGUAUCAUAGACGGCAUGGUCCUUAUCACACUAUGGAUUAAUGUGCUUACCCUCAUAUUUCGCGACGGGGACGUCUCUAGGGUCAUCGGUGCUUUUAAAGCACUACGCGCUCUCCGCCUACUCAACAUUAGCAACAGUGCAAGAGACACCUUUCAUUCCCUAAUAAUAGUGGCCGGGUGGAAGAUUAUUAGUGCUGCGCUGGUCUCCUUGUCUCUACUGAUCCCAUUUGCCAUAUAUGCCUUGAAUUUGUUCAAUGGACAACUGUUGGAGUGUAAUGACGACGAUAACAUUACUCACCUAUCUGACUGCUUCGGUGAAUUUCUCAGCACGCCGUCUAACCCAGACUGGCCGAUACUCGCACCUCGUGUUGCAGACAAUCCCUAUUUCAAAUUCGAUGACUUCGCCUCCUCGCUAUUUAUUCUCUUUCAGAUUGUCUCGCAAGAGGGUUGGGUCGACGUAUCAUUCGCUACACAAGCAAUUACCGGUCGCGACCUUCAACCACAGCCAAUGGCAGCGCAGGGUUAUGGAAUGUUCUUCGUGGUCUUCAACCUUCUCGGUACAGUCUUCGUGUUGACUCUGUUCAUUUCCGUCUUCAUGCGAAAUUACACUGAACAGACCGGCGUCGCAUUCUUAACGGCUGAGCAGAGGUCAUGGCUCGAACUACGGAAGCUUCUACGUCAAAUCUCGCCGUCAAGAAGCUCUUACAAUGACUCGGAGAAUAAAUGGAAAAAAUGGUGCCACAAGCGAGCAAUCGAGAAGCGAGGCAAGUGGUAUACCGCGAUUACCGCGAUAUUAGUCCUUCACUUGAUCUUGUUGAUGUUGGAGUAUUAUCCCGAACCGGAGGAGUGGUCUCUUGCGAGGGACGUCGUAUUCCUGCUCUUCACAUUGAUUUACAUGGUUAAUAUUGCGAUUCGUAUUGUCGGCCUCGGCUGGAAGCGAUUUAGAAGGAGCACUUGGGACGUCUACUCACUGAUCUCUGUAUUCGGUACUUUUGUAACCUCCGGUCUACUGAUCGCCGACUAUAGGAAUCAAACCUUCACUCAAUUUCACAAGUACUUCCUCGUCAGCAUCGUCCUCCUUCUCAUCCCCAGAAACGACGCACUCGAUCAGCUCUUCAAGACAGCGGCAGCGAGUCUCACGACCAUCGUCAAUCUACUUGCCACCUGGCUAGUGUUCUUCUUGGUAUUUGCAAUAGCAUUGACACAAACUUUCAGUCUGACCCGCUUUGGGGAGAACGAGGACGUCAACAUCAAUUUUAGGACAGUCCCCAACGCUCUUCUUCUACUCUUUCGCAUGAGCGUAGGUGAAGGUUGGAACCAGAUUAUGGAAGACUAUGCAAAUAUCGAGCCUCCACUCUGCGUGGAAAGUUCCGAAUUCCUUGAUAGCGAUUGCGGCAGCACUAAUUGGGCCAGAUGUCUAUUCAUCGCCUGGAACCUCGUCAGCAUGUAUAUUUUUGUCAACCUCUUCAUCUCGCUCAUAUACGAAAGUUUUAGUUAUGUGUAUCAGCGUUCGAGCGGCAUGGCAAACAUUGAUCGAGAUGAGAUACGGAGGUUUAAGGAGGCGUGGCGCAGUGUUGAUCCUGCUGGUUCGGGCUUCAUCAGUAAGGAAGCAUUCCCAAGGUUAUUAGGAGAGCUCUCUGGCAUCUUUGAGAUGCGGAUCUACGAUUCAGAAGAUUCGGUUCAGCAGAUCUUAGACGACGUUCGGAACGAUAAGACACAUAUGAGGCAUUCGUCGAUCGCUACUACAAGUAACGCUGGUGGUGAACUGAAUAUCAAGAAGUUGAACGAGAGGCUCUCUAAGAUCGACGUCCGGAAAGUGCAAGAAAGGCGCCGCCGUUUCAAUAUCUUUUACGAGGAGGUGAUGGUUUCUGCAGAUCCCGUCCAAGGAAUAUCUUUCACGACGGUACUCAUGAUAAUGGCGCACUAUAAGAUUAUUAGCGACAGCAAGAGCUUAAGGCUUGAGGAGUUCUUGCGUCGUCGUGCGCGCCUUCAACGAGUUGAGGAAGAAGUUCGUCGAAGAAUUGUCGUCGGUUUCUUUGACACAGUCUAUUGGUCUCGCCAAUUCAAGAAGCACAUGGAGAAGAAGAGAUCUGCACGAAUGACAGCGAUUCCUCAAUUAGACGUGCCCGACAUCUUUGUCGAUGACGAGGACGACCGUAAACGGACAGCGACGCAACGCACUACAAUGGCAGCUCCAGGAGCUAGCGGUACAUCUGAUUUCCUUGGCGUAUCCGACGCAUCCCGGCCACAGCAUAAGAGCUGGACUUCGGGCGCCGACAUAUCAUCAUACGACUCUUCGCAGACGCAUCCCUUGAGUUUACCACGGGCAAGCCCGUCGAUGCCGGGACAGCGUUCCCACGCAUCUGCUUUAAGCUUUGAAUUGCAGGACCCGGGGACGAAUUCAGGCGAGAAUAGCAGACGGGGUAGUUCAGUGAGCCGGGCCCAAGUCAGAGAGUUGCUUGACGAUUCUGCUUGGGUUGAAAGUAUCAGGCGGAGCGCAACAAUACGCAGGUCGGUACGGCGUCCCAAUUGAAACUGACCUCAAUGAGACGGGUCAUUUAUACGAUGCCGACAUUCCACUACAUUACAAGAUAGCAUGUGCCGGAAGAGAGGCAUAACAGCGGGUC